CUCGCUGUUUGCCUGUGUCGCCCAGAUGCCGGGCUCAGGCUGGGGCGCACGCACACUCCAGUGACGUGCUGCGGAUCAGAGAGCCGCGGGUCCUCCCUCCUGCCUUUCACAUGAUCCGUAAAGCUCGCACAGCACAGACAGGAAUGUGGACUGCAGCAGCUACGGCGAUGGCUGAGCGGCGCCGCGCUCCCCUCGUUGCGCGGCUAUCUUUCACCGUGCUCAUCUGGCUGACAUUUAUCCACUGUGCCAACGGGAUUCCCUGGACACAAGAAAAGCUCCAGCACAGAGCUGUCACAUUGAGUCCAGAUGAGAUGCGCAGUGCCCUGUCACACACAGACCUGGAGCAGAUGUGGCAGAGGGACCUGAGGCCGCUGCUGGUCACCAGGUACCCGGGCUCUGCAGGCAGCCAGGCUGUACAGGAGCAUAUCAAAACAACCCUGGGGUCCCUCGGAGCAGGCUGGGAGGUGACAGAGGACAGGUUUGAGUCACACACACCCUAUGGCCCCCUGACCUUCACCAACCUCAUCGCCACCCUCGACCCGUCAGCCAAGCGUCGCCUGGUCCUGGCCUGUCACUACGACUCCAAGUACUACCCACCCCAGUGGCACGGGAGGGAGUUCCAAGGUGCCACCGACUCCGCUGUUCCCUGUGCCAUGAUGCUGGAGCUGGCACGGGCCCUGGAUGAGGAGCUAAAAACUCUCAAGAGCUCCAGUCCCAACCUGACCCUGCAGCUGCUCUUUUUUGAUGGGGAGGAGGCUCUUUACCAGUGGACCUCCACAGACUCCCUGUACGGCUCCAAGCACCUGGCCCAGAAGAUGGAGAUGACCUCGCACCCAGCUGGGGCCACAGACACCAACCAACUGCACGGCAUAGAUCUGUUUGUGUUGUUGGACCUGAUCGGGGCCCCUAGCCCUCGCUUUGGCAACCAGUUCCCCAGCACGACCCGCUGGCUCUCCAGACUACAGAACAUUGAGUGUCGCCUGCACUCCAUGGACCAGCUCGUGGAGCAUCCUAAUGAAAUUCAGUAUUUCUGGCCCAAUGUACGUGUCGGCCACGUGGAAGAUGAUCACGUGCCAUUCCUAAACAGAGGUGUGCGCGUCCUCCACCUCAUCCCCACACCUUUCCCGUCUGUGUGGCACACGUUUGACGACAAUGAGCAGAACCUGGACCGCUCCACCAUUGCGAACCUCAGCAAGAUCCUGCAAAUCUUCGUUCUCGAGUAUCUCAACGCCAGGCCCACAGACCCUUCAAACCCAACGAACGCCCCCUAAAAAAAAAAAUCCCUGUGUUAAACUUCCAUGCUUUUGGUGAUUCCCUUUAGUAAAGGUCUUCAGCUUUCAUUCUAGAAGAACCUGCUCGUGCCGUAAAAUGAUAUAUUCCUUAAUUAUUGAAAUACUGUUGGGGAGGUUGGUGCUCAAGUUUGCUCAUCACAUACUGCAAUGUAACAUUUCACAUAUGUUUCAGCAUUCAUUUAGAGAUGUAAGUGCAUUGUUAUGCUAUGUGCUAUUCUCAACAAAGCAGCACAUACAUCCAAAAUUGCACAAAAUCAAAAUGUAUUUUAAAGCAAUGUCAUCUGCAAAGAUUUGUGCAUUUUUAUACAUAUAUGUGUGUAUAGUCAUCUGAACUAAAGAUGUAUAUGUGAAAUGUAUUUUUAUCCAGUGGGGGAAGUUCAGUAAAACUAGGGCUAAAGAUCUCUCAGCUUCAUCUUCCCCAACAACAAGAUCAGCACACUGGAUCCUCUGUGUGUCUGCUGCCACACUGCUCUCUUUAUGUCACCGUAGCCCCCUCUCUCACCCCACCAGGAGAUAAAAUUGUGCCAAUGCUAAUGUCUAGGAUCUGUCUGCUUGCCUCAGAGAGGAGGAGGAAACGCUGAUUAAUUAAAAUGAUAAAUCAGGAUUGGAGGUAUUCUUCUAAAAUUCUAUCUUGUCUUUUUAUUUUACCGCUAGCCUCGCUCCUUUCUCUUUCCCAAGAAAUAUCAUUGAAACACACCCCGUGCAUUCCUACUCUGUAGUCCCUGGUCAUUUCAAUAUUAAUUGCUUUGGGAGCGGCUGGAGCCUGAGGGGAGCUGCUUAUCGUCUUGGAUAAAUAUUCAGACUCUAAGGCCCAUUAUAUGUUGCGCAGUUCAAUAUGGCCACCCACAUGGAUGAUACCAAAUAUAUUUAGGGCACAUUAUAUAGGGAUACCCACGUAUUUCACUAUGUGCUUCUGAAUGCAGCUACAGGGUAUGUGACAUUUCCUCUCCUGCUGUAAAUGUGCUCAGUGUUUAUAGAGCAAAGCUGUCAAGACCAGGAAGUGGGCUUAUUUGUAUUAUAACAACAUCUUCAAUCCCUCAUAUCCUGUCAGGGUUAGAUAUUGAAGUGGAUAACUUCCUGUGCUGAUGUUUCAUGUCCCUCCGUUUGUUUAUAUGACAUUAAUAGCCUGAUCUUGAUGUAGGUCAUGGAAUAAUAAACAGUGCCAAAAUUGGA